CUGUUGUGUAUAAGAGGUGUUAUCACCGGACACACACUCAGAGAUCACCGCUCACUGCCAGCAAUGGAAACAUCUUCAGGCCUCCUUGUGUGCAUUCUGGUGACAUGUUCAGUUUGGACAGUUCACGGGAAAAGCUUCGAGGUCAACGCUGAUGAUGGGAAGCAGCUGGAAGUGGAAAUCUCUGUGAAUGCCGGCAAACUUCCAGGUCUGUGCUGGGUGUGCAAGUGGGCUUUAAACAAGGUGAAGAAAGCCAUCGGACCCAAUGCCACUGCGGAGAACCUGGUGUUGAAGUUGAAGUCCGUCUGCAAACAAAUUGGCCUCCUAAAACCUCUGUGCAGCAAAUUUGUGAAGACGCACCUCGCAGAAUUAGUUGAGGAGCUCACGACGACUGAUGAUGUGAAGACGAUCUGUGUCAAUACUGGAGCCUGCAAGCCCAAGGAGUCGUUGGACCUGCUCUCUUAUCCAAGGGACGAGGAGUUACCGAUUGAAAUGAAUGAAUAUAUCUGACGUUGUAUGCAUGAACAAUAAAUAAGAUGCACUUCA